UGGCCGGCGGGGCAGCAACGCGCUUGCAUUGGCCGGCCGGGAGGCAGCGCGGCGGAGGCAGAGGCGGCGAGCCUGGCGGCGUGCGGGAGAGCGGCGCGGUGCAGCUGAGUGCAGCGAGGACCGUAGCGGCGUUGCCAUGGCGACGACGGUGCACCCCUACUGGCCACGCUCGCUGCCGCUGCCGGGCUACAUCGCCAGCACGCGGCCUGGCUGGCAGUGCGCAGGCGCGGUGGCAGCGGUCGGGGCGGGGCUACUGGCGCUGGGCUGGGUGUUGGGCGGGGCGAGGGGCGGGGCGAGGGGCGGGGCUUCGCGGAGCCCCGCCCGCCGGCUGGCCCUGGGCUGGUUCCUGAUGUGCGCGGGGGUGCACGGCGUGCUGGAGGGGUACUUCAGCCUGCGGCACCAGGAACUGCCCGCCGCCACCGGGCUGCUGGCCGACGUCUGGAAGGAAUAUGCCAAAGCUGACAGCCGCUACAUGACGAGUGAUGACUUCACGGUUGCCAUGGAGACUGUGACAGCCUGGGCCUGGGGUCCCCUCAGCUUCCUCACCUUCCUCGCCUUCCUGCGGCACCACCCCACUCGCUACGUCCUGCAGCUCCUGGUCUCCCUUGGGCAGCUCUAUGGGGACGUGCUGUACUUCGCCACGGAGGCGCGGGCAGGCUGGGCCCACAGUGAUCCCCGGCCCCUCUACUUCUGGGGCUACUUCGUGGGGCUCAACGGGCUGUGGGUGCUGGUGCCUGGGGCCCUCCUGGCCGACGCUUGCAGUCACCUCGCCGCCGCCCAGCGCGCCUUCGACCGCCCCCGCCACAAGACCCGCUGAGCCCAGGCGCCCUGGGCCCCCUCACAGCGGCUGGAUGCCGGGGUCUCCCUCCACAAUGCUGGGGCGCCUGGGUGCCCUCCACACCCACCCCCCCAAGGGGCUGCUCGGGGUGAAUUUGGCACAGGGGGGGUCCCCGAGUUCUCCAGAGAAGGAUUCGGCGCCUGCCUGGACACCUGCGACCCCUUGGGAUGAGCCCAGUGUGGAGAUCGUGUGUCAUCACCCCCCAAGAGCUGGGGGAGGGCGGCCCCGAUGCCUGGAUACCCUCGGGGGUGCAGGGGGACCCCACCCCUGCCACCGGGAGCGUCCGGUGGGUUUUAAUAAAAAGGCUGGAAAUGGA